UUCAAGACAUCCGCGGAGCAUCAGUCCUCAAAUCAAGGAACAGCAGCUACCAUGAGGGCAUUCAUGAUCCUGGCGCUCGCCGCGACGGCGAUGGCGCGGCCGGAAGCCGGAUACUCUUAUAGCCAGCCAAGCUCUAGCUACGGCGUUCCUUCGAUCGGCGGUGCUGUUGGUGGUAUUGGUGGUAUUGGUUUCGGCGGCGGUGGUUUUGGUCUCGGCGGCGGUGGUGGUGGUCUCGGUGGUGGCGUCGGUGCUGCUGACGGUAUCCAAGGCGUUCCAUCGAUCGGCGGCGGAGGUGGUGGAGCAGGUGGAAUUAGUCUUGCCGGCGCCGUCGGCGCUGGAGGAGGUAUUUCAUUCGGUGGUGCCGGCGGCGGCGGUGGUGGAUUCGGCGGCGGUGGUGGAUUCGGCGGUGGUGCGCUCAUUCAAAAACACAUCUACGUCCACGUACCACCUCCAGAGGCUCCCGAGGUGUCCAGACCGAGUGUAGGCGCGUCAUUUGGUCCAGCACAGAAGCACUAUAAGAUCAUCUUCAUCAAGGCACCUACCCCACCAACCCCGACUGCUCCGGUGAUUCCGGUGCAGCAGCAGGACGAACAGAAAACGCUCAUUUACGUUUUGGUCAAGAAACCCGAAGAGGCACCCGAGAUCAACUUACCCACCAUCACGCCCACUCAACCCAGCAAACCGGAAGUCUACUUUAUCAAGUACAAGACUCAGAAGGAAAUCACUGGUGGCGGUGGUGGUGGUGGUGGUGGUGGUGGUGGCAUCGGCAUCGGCGGUCAUGGUGGAAUUGGCACCGGCAUCGGCGGUCAUGGUGGAAUUGGUACCGGUAUUGGUGGCACCGGACCAAGUGGACCCAGCACGAGUUACGGGGCACCCGGUGGAUCCGGGCCAUACUAGUCAAUUCACCGCUACCCCCGUCGCGGCCCCUCCGUCCUACCCUUCCGUUCACCAACACACACGCACACACCGCUCACAUACCUCUAACAUGAUCAGCGACGAUAAUACUUGCCGUAUUGACGUAUCGCUGUAUUAUAUGCGCGAUCGCCGAGAGAAGAAGACGACAAUGAUGACAAAGUUGAAGACGGCGAUGAUGAUGACGAUGUUGAA